AUGGGGCUUCCGGAGGAGCGGGGCCGGAGCGGCAGCAGGAGCGCGGAGCGGGAAGAGGCUGGAGCCCGGAACCGGGUGCGGAGUUGGUCUCCGCCACCCGAGGUCAGCCGUUCCGCGCACGUCCGGUCGCUGCAGCGCUACCGCGAGCUGCACCGACGCUCAGUGGAGCAGCCGCGAGAGUUUUGGGGAGACAUUGCCAAGGAAUUUUACUGGAAGACCUCAUGUCCUGGCCCAUUCCUCCAGUACAAUUUUGAUGUGACUAAAGGGAAAAUCUUCAUCGAGUGGAUGAAAGGAGCAACUACUAACAUCUGCUACAACGUACUGGAUCGAAUUGUCCACGAGAAAAAACUUGGAGAUAAAGUUGCUUUUUACUGGGAGGGCAAUGAACCAGAGGAGACCACCCAGAUCACAUAUCGUGAGCUUCUGGUCCAAGUGUGUCGAUUCAGCAAUGUUCUCCAAAAACAGGGCAUUCGGAAGGGUGACCGAGUGGCCAUCUACAUGCCCAUGAUACCGGAGCUUGUGGUGGCCAUGCUGGCAUGUGCCCGCCUUGGGGCUCUGCACUCCAUUGUGUUUGCAGGCUUCUCUGCAGAGUCUCUUUGUGAACGGAUCCUGGAUUCCAGUUGCAGCCUUCUUAUCACUACAGAUGCCUUCUACAGGGGGGAAAAGCUUGUGAACCUGAAGGAGCUGGCUGACGAGGCCCUGGAGAAGUGUCGGGAGAAGGCUUUCCAAGUGAGGUGCUGCAUUGUGGUCAAGCACCUGGGGCGGGCAGAGCUGGGCACAGGUGACUCUCCCAGCCAAUCCCCCCCCAUUAAGAGGCCAUGCCCGGAUGUACAGAUCUCCUGGAACCAAGGGGUUGACUUGUGGUGGCAUGAACUCAUGCAAGAGGCAGAGGAUGAGUGUGAGCCCGAGUGGUGUGAUGCUGAGGACCCACUCUUCAUCCUGUACACCAGUGGCUCCACAGGCAAACCCAAGGGUGUGGUACAUACUCUUGGGGGCUACAUGCUCUAUGUGGCCACGACCUUCAAGUACGUGUUUGACUUCCACAAGGAGGAUGUGUUCUGGUGCACAGCAGACAUUGGCUGGAUCACUGGCCAUUCCUACGUCACCUAUGGGCCACUGGCCAAUGGUGCCACCAGUGUUUUGUUUGAGGGGAUUCCCACAUACCCGGAUGUGAGCCGCCUGUGGAACAUCGUGGACAAGUACAAGGUGACCAAGUUCUACACAGCACCCACGGCUAUCCGCCUGCUUAUGAAGUUUGGAGAUGAGCCUGUCACCCGGCAUAGCCGGGCAUCCUUACAGGUAUUAGGCACAGUGGGUGAACCCAUUAACCCUGAGGCCUGGCUGUGGUACCACCAGGUGGUAGGUGCCCAGCGCUGUUCCAUCGUGGACACCUUCUGGCAGACAGAGACAGGUGGCCAUAUGCUGACCCCCCUCCCUGGUGCCACACCAAUGAAGCCUGGUUCUGCUACCUUCCCGUUCUUUGGUGUAGCUCCUGCAAUUUUGAAUGAGUCUGGGGAAGAGUUGGAAGGUGAAGCUGAAGGUUACCUGGUGUUCAAGCAGCCCUGGCCAGGAAUCAUGCGCACAGUCUAUGGGAACCAUGAACGCUUUGAGGCCACCUACUUUAAGAAGUUCCCCGGUUACUACGUAACAGGAGAUGGCUGCCGGCGGGACCAGGAUGGCUAUUACUGGAUCACUGGCAGGAUUGAUGACAUGCUGAAUGUAUCUGGACAUCUGCUGAGCACAGCAGAGGUGGAAUCAGCACUUGUGGAACAUGAGGCUAUUGCAGAGGCAGCUGUGGUCGGUCACCCUCAUCCUGUGAAGGGCGAAUGCCUCUACUGCUUUGUCACCCUGUGCGAUGGCUACACCUUCAGCCCCACCCUCACCGAGGAGCUCAAGAAGCAGAUUAGAGAAAAGAUUGGCCCCAUUGCCACUCCGGAUUAUAUCCAGAAUGCACCUGGCUUGCCUAAAACCCGCUCAGGGAAAAUCAUGAGGCGGGUGCUUCGGAAGAUUGCUCAGAAUGACCACGACCUCGGGGACAUGUCUACUGUGGCUGACCCAACUGUCAUCUGCCAGCUCUUCAACCACCGCUGCCUGACCAUCCAGUAAACAAGACCUUGCCCUUUACCCAGGCUUCCCCCUGCUUGGCUUUCCAAAGUUUUGCCCACCCUCCCAGUCCCCAUCCAGGAGUGCUGAGGGCCAGUGCUGACCCACACCACCUCCCUUGACCAGCUGUCUGGGACCAAGGACCAGCUUUGCCCUUGGGUGGAGGCAACUUCCUGUGGCUGGCAGAUAGAUGGGACAUGGCCCAGGUUAGCCUCAGAUUGCUGUGCCCUAGAUUGCAAGAGCCCUUGGAGCCCAGAACAGGGACCUGAAGGUCAUGUCCCUUACCCAAGUUAAGUAUGCAGAAGGCAAGUGAGGGUCUAGACUGAAGCAGGGAGGCAGCUCUGUAAUCCUAUGUCAGCUCUCUCAGGAAGCACCAGUACUUAUCCUGGAUUUGCAUUUGUCCUUAGAAAUGCCUGUGUGUGAGUCCCAAAAGAACUGAUUAUUAUUUUUUUUAAAUACUUUGCUGCUUCUGUUCUAUAUCUGAAUUCUCUUUUGUGCCAGAUGGCAGUGCUUGUCUGCCCAUUUGCUUCAGGGGAUGUGCAGACAGGCUGGUUCCAGAGGGUUUUCAGAUUACCUGCUUCUUUGCUGGAAUAAAUAUGUUUUGUUCCUAGGGCCAGAAGAGUUUGUCUUCCUUGUCCUCUGUUCCCACCCUUCCAUGAACAGUCCUGCCCAUAAGAGACACUCUCAGAUGAAACUCUUCUAUUCUUGCCCCAGUCAUGCUCAGGCUCUGGAUGUAGGAAUAAAGUCAUGACCUUAAAAAG